GGUAAAUGGGCGCCAUGUUGACCCGCGUACUGGCCGUGUGAAAUCGCCUACUACCCAUCCCCCUUUGCACUUUUCAUGCGUGAAAACAAGGCGAAUGAUUGCAGUUACGUCAUCCUGACAUGUUGGCAGGCAUCAAAGUGGAACCCCUGAUGGAGGGCUCGGAGCUUUUGAGUGGCGACCCGACACUGAGCACGGCCACGACUUCUCAACCGACCACCGUGUUGUCGUCACUGCCCCUGGUUGGCGAGUCGAUGUCAGGCGCUUCCACUUCUAGCUCCAACUAUUCGGCGAUUUCCGAGUCGGCCAGUACCACCUCCUCGGUCACUCAAGUGGACACCAUGCCACCUCAGAACGAAGAUAAUAAUAUCCAGGCAGCAGAUUCUAACAGUCCUAAGCAGACAUUUGUGCCAUGUAAAGUUUGUGGUGACAGAGCCUCGGGGUAUCACUAUGGUGUCACUUCCUGUGAGGGUUGUAAGGGGUUUUUUCGGAGAAGUAUACAGAAGCAGAUAGAGUAUCGUUGUUUACGUGAUGGGAAGUGCUUAGUCAUACGUCUCAACAGAAACAGAUGUCAGUACUGUCGCUUUAAAAAAUGUUUGGCCGUGGGGAUGUCCAGAGACUCGGUGCGGUAUGGCAGGGUUCCCAAACGCUCAAAAAGCCAAGACGAUAAGCGGGUAGGUUCAGCAGACUCCAGUAUGGAUCAGACUGCAAUAGAGAACAAACAGUUAGCCAUUUACGACGUCAUCCUCAACAUAUCACAGGCUCACCAUGCUAACUGUGCUUUGACUGAAGAUAAAAUUAAAGCCCUAAAGAGGACGCAGGUCACAUUGCUUCAGGUCUCUGACACCUCGUUCUCAGAAACCCUGACCCCAGAGGCUCUGGACACUCAGCGACUGCUAAUGUGGCAAAACCUUUCCACACUCAUCACACCCACAAUACAGACUGUGGUUGAGUUUGCCAAAAGAGUGCCAGGUUUCCCCGACUUAUCUCAGGAUGAUCAGCUCAUACUGAUCAAAGCAGGCUUCUUUGAGGUCUGGCUCACUCGAAUGUCCCGUAUGUUUAGCAAAGAAGACAGUAUGGUGACGUUUGAAAAUGGCAAUAUGAUCCACAAGGACGAAUUAUCAAUAGUCUACUCACCGGAUUUUGUUGCCAGCAUGUUUGAUGUAGCCACAAGUUUUAAUUUGCUCAACCUUAACGACACAGAAAUUGGCUUAUUCACAGGUGUCGUGUUAGCUACGGCAGAUCGUCAGGGUUUGUGCGAUACCAAAGCUGUGGAGAAGAUUCAGGAUAAGUUGAUAGAGGCCCUAAAAUUGCAGGUGAGCAGGAACCACUCCACAGAGGAGCACCUGUUUGCCACAACCCUCAUGAAACUGCCAGAGCUACGCACAUUAGGCACCCAGCACAGUGAACUGCUAUACUGGUACAAAUCCCAGUGGCAUCGAACAAAACUUCAACCUCUGUUCGCUGAAAUUUAUGACAUACCAAAAAUAGAAGAGGAAGCACAGGAACAGUGAUGCAUGCUCUGAAGCUGUGAACUGUGUCGUUCCUGGCAGCGAUCAAGGUGAUCAGGGGAGAGAACUCAGGUGAAGCCCUCGUCUGACAGGUGGUUGAUAGCCAUACCCUCCAGAAUCCAUGUUACCUGCAAUAAACCCCAUCCAAGACUUCAUCUUAGGACUACAGUCAGGAUUUCACCUCCAAACCUGCUCAGGGCAAGACUCUACUAUUUUAGUAUACAGGCUUUUGUCUAGCUCUGUGUUCAGUGACUGUGCUACACCUCAUCCCCAGGCCAUAUGAUUCUACCUCAAGACCUGUCAGAGUUUGCUCCCCUUGACUCAUACUCCAUGCUUCUCUCAACACUAUGACAAGACAGACCAAGGCAAUUUCUGGCUUCUCAGUUGGAAUGUUAGAUGUGAAUGUAGCAGAACUUGGCUGGUGGAGGUUGCAUGACAGCAAAGACCAGGGUUCUGACUGUGUCAUCAGCUGUACGUGAAUGAUGUCCGUGACCUUGCCACAGUGUUAAUACAAGUACUGAAUGAUGUGAGGACUUUGUGUUAACAUAUAUCCCUCUCUUAAGGUUAUGGGGUGCUAUUGGGGGCCAUGCUAUCUUAAAGUGCUUUUUGUUGUUCACAUACAAAGUGAAUGGAUUCUUUGGAAAUUCAUUGCUGUUUAGAGUCUUUUCUUUGUUGUAUUUCAAUGUAUUGACUUUUGUAUGAAGUUUUAAGAUUUGACCUCUUCAGUGUUUUAGCUGGAAACUUGGUAAUACUAUAGUCCAUUAAGUAUGACAUCACACUUAAUGGUUUUGAAAUUGAGUGGAUUGAGCAGCAAUGCAGGAAUUAUUAGCUAACCCCAAUAUUGUAUACAAUAUUAUGUAUUUGGGGUAUCUUUUUUUGUACUUUAUGAAAUUUUUAAGUCGGAAAACAUAUAAUUUUGUUUUUCGUUUUAACCUUUUGAAAACUUGUGUAAAUCCCAUUUACAGUUUUGUGACAUUUUGAUCUACCUCUUAAAUCAUAAAGUAAGUCAUAUUUGAGAUACAGGGGAAAUGCUGUCCAUGAGAAACAUUGAAAGCUAUCACCUCAUCUUUUCCUCUAGUGAAUCUAUUUUCUCAUCUUGUUUUCAUCAUCAAAACAAGUAUUAUUAGAGAAAGUUCCAUCAAGAUCUUAAUGCUAGUCUUCAAAAUAUUUUGGUGGUUUUGUUAGUUUUGUGGUAGGAGUGCUGUAUAAUCAUCAAAAGACCAAUGUGAAAUUUUUGCAGCAUCAAAAUUUUCUGGAGUCUGUUUAAGAACUAUGCAAGAUGCCAGGUGUUAUAAGGUAUGGAUGAGUUUCAGGUAUUCUAUCAAGAGUAGCUUCGGUCUCAUGUACAUGUACAUGUAUGAAGGUAGGCAGUCACCAUUCAUUAGAAGAUAGCACUUUUCUUUAGUUCAGUUUGGCCUCAUUCUCCUGGCUGUAUGUAGUGGCAUGUACUGGGAAGAUUUGGUGAAGAAGUCCUUGUAUGUAUCAGUGAGACUUACACAAGAUGAUCAGCAUAGCUAUUGCAGGAGACACCCCUGUUAUUGUCAGAGUGCCUCAGGCAUGUCACCGUUGUGUUAUUUAACACAUGUUACCACGGAAUAAUGUCCAAUCUUUCCAGUAUGUUUCGUUUUUCAUCAGCAAAGAUCUCUGUUACAAAUACCUCAGACUCUUUUAGUUUCAUCCAUUUAUCAAUAUUUCUUACACUUACGACCACAGUGAAUGUGCAAACCCUUGUGCCUGUUGCUUAUACAUCAGUUACAUUUUGUUGAGUGUAGCUUAUACAUGAGCUACAUUGUGUUGAGUGUGGCUUAUGAGUCAGUUACAUUUUGUUGAGUAUAGCUUAUACAUCAGUUACAUUUUCUUGAGUGUAGCUUGUACAUCAGUUACAUUUUCUUGAGUGUGGCUUGUACAUCAGUUACAUUUUGGUGAAUGUAGCAAAUGCAUCAGUUACAUUUCGUUGAGUGUGGCUUAUACAUCAGUGACAUUUUGGUGAAUGUAAGUUGUACAUCAGUUACAUUUUGGUGAAUGUAGCAUAUGUAUCACAUACAUUUAUUGAAAGUAGCUUACACACUAGAUACAUGUUAUUGAAUGUAGUGUACAAAGUAGUUACAAUUUGUUCAACGUAGCUUAAACGUGGGUUACAUUUUGUUAAGUGUGGCUUACAUUUUGUUGAAUUGGCUAGCACAUAUUUCCUUGUUGUAUACAAUCGGUAUGAUUUUUUUUUAUGCUCUUUUCAAUGAUUUAAACACACUGAGCAUAUAGUCAUCCUACAUGUAGAUGGGACUUGUAAUAUACAGAAAUAAAGCACAGUAUUAACUUUUCUUUGGCCCAGAAGGUGCUGGGCUCUGGGAGAUGGCCUUUUAGCUGAAAGAUUCUACAUCUUUAACUUUUUGUCUGAUUUGUGAUGCCACCUAAAGAUAUGCACCUAUUAUGUUCACAUUUCACACAAGUUUGUUGACAAGAACAUGGACAAGGUUUUCUUUAAAGAACAGUACCAAUCUGCUGUAUUAAACUAUUAAGUAUGAAUUGCUAGGCAUUCUGUAUGUUUGCUGUGUCUUUUUCCCUAUAACAUGUGCAAUGAAAUAAAUUUUAAGAUUAUUUUACUGGUAUAAGGGGAAUAAAUGAGAUAUCUCUUAUUUGUGUAAAAACAAUUUUAAAUUAUGAAAAUGAAUGUAUUUUCACCAGAAAAUGAGGAGAUAUUUUUUUCAGGUUUCAUUAGUGUUAUUAAAGUACGAAUUUCUUUUCCAUAAACAUAGAAGAACUGUCCUAUUUCAAAGUUCAUCUGGCAAUAUUAAUAUCUCACCGCUGUAUUACGGUAAGCCUUCUAGAUUUACACCAUUCCACAGAUAAUAAGUGACACUUGUCUUUUUUUUUGGUCAUUUAGUUUCAAUUUCAGUUUUAGUCUAUCUUCUUUCCAGUUGGUCUUGUAUGAGUGCUAUUUUUGAUCUAUCCUGUGAACACAAGUGUUUAAAUGCAUAUGUAUAUAUGGUUGAAGUAGUGCUGUAGUGUUUGUGUCUCUUUUCGUGAAAUCAGGGCACGUAGUUAGCGAAGGCAGAUUGUAUGUGUAUAUAUUCAUGGAAAGAAUUGUGUAUAUAUAUCUGGUAGCAGUUUUGGCCCCUGAUAAUAUUGUUAUAACAGACAUACUGACCCACAGGUGAUUCUCUGUUAACAGGGAAAGUCUGCUGCAGGUAGCUCCUCCCAGACUGUAUCAGUACAUCCCAACAGAGUGUUGUGGACCCAUGGUGAAUGGGCCAGAUUAGCAGGCUUACCCUCCCAGACAACUUGCUUCAGCGAAAUUCUUACUUUUCAUGAACACAAAGUCCCUGUUUGCACAAAACACCAAAUCUAUAUUUUGUUAAUACCAGUAUUUUUCUCAGCCCUGCCAGACUCAGCAUUUGGUGAUGUAAGCAUCUGUAUGUUAAAAAAGCCAGUACUUAUGUCACUCAUAUGGAAUCAAAAUUGAGAAAGUUUUUUUCCUAUAAAUGUGCGUAGUUUAAGUCAUCAAUGGUGCAAGCUGAGCAGCUCAGGCAAGAUGAUGCCUGACGAUUUCUGAUUAGCAUUUGUCAUUUGUGUUUGUCAGAGUGGUAUUUUGAAAGGCGGGUAUAUUGUUUUGUCAUUGCUGAUCUAUGUGGUGUUAUAUUUGGGUAAAUGUGGCGUGUUAAUGACAGUGUGUUGUACAAAGAAGCAUGGCCAGUGUUACUUCUUCAUGCCAGGCUGCAUAGUUUGUUAUUGUAUGAUGUUUAGCUGUUAGUAUGUAGAGUCUCUGUAUUCCACAGGUUUGUUGUCCAUCUUGUAGGGUUUAACCCCUGGGUACAUAUACAAUUA